GGAUGUUACAAGAUAGUACACAACAAAGCAGAACGGGAGGACGGGCCAGAGCUAGCCGAGCUGAAGCAGCCAGGAGGAAGCUCGUUUACAGGCGGCCGCUUUUUAAUGUAAAUGUUGAAUAAUAUAAAGUUUGGAUAGAGGCCAAGCGAUCGACAAUCCGAUUGAGAAGACACUGUCAUUCCACUCAGAGCUGUAAACAUGUCGUCUCCGAGUCCGGGUAAAAGGAGAAUGGAUACCGACGUGGUGAAACUCAUCGAGAGUAAACAUGAAGUCACAAUUCUGAGCGGACUUAACGAAUUUGUAGUCAAGUUUUAUGGACCACAAGGAACACCAUAUGAGGGAGGUGUAUGGAAGGUGCGAGUAGAUCUUCCAGACAAAUACCCCUUCAAAUCACCAUCUAUAGGAUUCAUGAAUAAGAUCUUUCAUCCAAACAUCGAUGAAGCAUCUGGGACCGUAUGCUUGGACGUCAUAAAUCAGACGUGGACUGCUCUUUAUGACCUCACCAAUAUAUUUGAGUCAUUUUUGCCACAGCUCCUUGCAUACCCCAACCCCAUCGACCCCCUGAAUGGAGAUGCUGCAGCUAUGUACUUACACCGGCCAGAGGAGUACAAGCAGAAAAUCAAAGAAUACAUUCAGAAAUAUGCAACAGAGGAGGCUCUGAAGGAGCAGGAAGAGGGUGCGGGGGACUCUUCAUCAGAAAGCUCCAUGUCGGAUUUCUCGGAAGAUGAGGCACAGGAUAUGGAGUUGUAGUGAACAUGCACCUCUUCUUUAUUCCAGAGACUAUAAUUUCCUAAACAUGAGACGCAGACUAUAAAACUCAUAUUUAAACAAGACAAUUUUUAUAUUAUUAUUAUUAUUAUUAUGAUUAUUAUUAUUAUUAAAAUCUGAAUUUUUAUGGCUAUACCAUUGAUAAGGAUGGCCCUCUUUAUGUGACAUCCCCACCCCUAAACCACACGCACAUCUUCACCACUCUAACAGCAGCGUUCCAGUCCGUCCCCUGCAGUUCUAUAGGUACAUUACACUCCCUCAGAGGUCUGCAUGGGUUUAGAAAGAAGUUAUUGGAGAUGGAGGACAUUUGGACAUAUUCAGAUAUCUGAAACAUCUGUAGGAACUAUGGGAAAGUUAGUACCAUCGCCUACACGAUCGACUAUAUCAUUUAGCAGCACAAUCUGACACUGAGCACAAGAAGUAGGUAGAAGGUUGCCUUCGUGCUGGCUGUGCAGUUUCACAAAUUGGAUUUUAACACAGGAAAUGAAUUUAAACAGUCUGCACCCAGAGACUGGAGUAAAUGGGGGGGUGGGAGGGGAGGGGAGGGGCAUUUAUCCGUCUGAGACGACUUCAGAUAAUCACCAAAAAGUAAUCUAAAUAAAUUUACAGUCCAAUCUGCAGAAGCCGUGUCUUCAGUAGGUCAGUUUGGUUGGACGUGUUUGGUUGGCAUAUUGUCAUCUUUCUUUUAAUUGUUUCUCAACUUGUUUUUGUUCACUCCUGAUUUGUCAUUAAAAUGAAUUGGGAUUAAAGAGACAAUUGCACCUUGAAGCUCUAGUAACAAUUUUUUAUUUUUUUUUAAAAAUUCACUUAUUUUAUUUCUCCAUCUUUGAUUCAGUUUAUGUUAACUGAAACGAGCGAACCCCUCCAUGCUUCACCGUCACCUGGACCGCACGCCGCUGGGAGAGUUAGAGCGCUCCGACCGCUGUGUCCAGGACGAGCUUAAAGGAAGUUAGAGAUUAGUCACUCAGUUAACACUUGAAUAUGCAGCCCUAAUAAUUUUAUUGCCAAAAGUAAAAUAAAGUGGUCUUUUCUUUAUUAUUAUUAUUAUUAUUAUUUGCUUGUUUCCUGUUUGAGGGUGUGCACCGGCUUCUGAUUUUUAAAAAAAAAAAGCUCAUCCUUUUCAUAUUGUUCAGUUCAUUUAAUGAAUAGAUUUAAUGAAAAGCUGUACAGUAUUCAGCUAAUGUGUGUAUAAUGUUCUUUAUAACAGAUUUCAGUAAGUCCUAUUUGACUACACUAAAGAAAAAAAAAAAGGUAGUGUAUAGAUGCUACGCUGCAGGGUGUUUGUUUUUAUAAUUAUUUUUUAAAUUGGACUCUGCAAGGGAUCAAAUGUGUUUUAGCCCCUGAGGAGUAACCAAGAGAAAAACAGCCCUUAAUAAACACAAUAUUCCAGAACAACGUAGUGUUGUUGAUGAUCCUGGUUUUUUUUUUUUUUUUCCCCUCCCUUUUUUUUUUUUUUUUCUUGUUCUAAUCAGAUCCUCAGGAGAGCUCUUGCUUUCUCUCUCUGACCCCUCAUUCGUUUGGUCAGAUGUUUUGUUUACUACAUGACGCAAAAGUGUUGUUGGAUGUUACUACUUCAGAAAUGGAAAACGGAAAUGAAAAGCAUCAAAAUGGGGGAAAAAGUCUAUAUUAUAAAAUUCUCAAGUGUUUCAUGUGCAGCAGCAGUAACUUGGCAAGCUAGAAAAGGAAUAGAUUGAACAGGCCUGUGAAGUUCACGUCCAUAAAGCCAGAGAGCUGCUGAACAUCCAGAGAAGCGCAGAUUGUCAAAAGGUUUUAGAACUGGUUCAUGGACUUUCAUUUUUUUUUUCCUGAAAAUCAUGAGGUUUCCAGGCUGUACUGUUAAACUGAUUUAUUACACAAAUAGGUUUUUUUGUUUUCUCUAUUUUUAAAGAAAAGGAUUUUCUCUUUAAUGCAGUGUUGCAUUACAUGAAGACGCUCACGUGAUACUAGGACACGUUUAUGGCAGAGCUAGAAUCUCUUGUUUUACUAUUGGCUUGGUUUAGACGUGACAUUUUGGUUUCACAGUUUGUAAGCAUGCAUGGUUGGUUUUUAGGACUGCUUCUGUAGCAGUGUGUGCGUGGUACAGCUCCAUUCUAAUUUAGACACAUGAUUAAAUGGCAGUUUUUUGUUUGCUUUAUCUUUUUUCUUUCAAGUGUCAAGAAGCCAACAACAUGCUUGUGCGCUUCCAAUGUUGGUCUAUUACUCAACUUUCAGUGACGUAUUGUUGGAUAUUUUGUCUGGCUGAUGAAAUGGACACUCAUUUGGAAUCCACAAACAUCUCCCAUUCCUUUCUAAAAGGUCUGUGCAUGCACACCUUUAUUUUUUUUCCAUAGUGAGCGAGCGAGCGUUGUCAUCAGAGCCUGACAGGGUUUUGUUUUAGUGCUAUUUCAGUUCAACUGAUUUGGCCUUUAUUUCUUCAGCAGAUUGUUUUUAGCUCAGAAUAAAAUUGACUUUUUCCACGAUCCUGGCCUAAUUUUAAUAUUUUCUCUAAGGAAUACCUAAAAGUAGAUCUACAGUUGGUCAUCAUGGUUGAGGUUGGUGCUAACAGUAGCACGUCUGCUCUAGCAGUGAAGUCGGGAAAUAACUGUCCAGUCACGUGCAUAUAAUAAACGUCGUAGUUCUUUUUAUCAUGAAUUGGUGAAUAUCUGUCAAUGUCUGACAUGGUGCCCAAUAGUUCAGUUAACGAUCUCUUCAAACACCAGGUCUGUGUGAUUGACUUCUUUAAGACAUGCUGUCACUCGAGCCCACGUUCAACUUCAAGUCUCUCUUCUGUCAGUGUCGAAUAAUUCUUUACUGCCUGUUUUUAAUGAAUGCAAUCAAUGUAUUAAAGUAAUUCACAGCUUUUCGUUUAAUUUCUAAUUUUUUUUUUCCUUAGCAUUGUCAAGUGGGCAUGCCUGUCCUAGAGUGUUCCCUAUCUAUAGAACGAUAACGUCCUAAAAGGCUGUGUACAAUAAACUGUAAUAACCUUUUGUAAUAAAAUAUUAAAUACA